UUCAACAGUUCUGUUCCGUUGCCUAAUUUCACAAUUUCCAAUUUUAGACGCAAGCUCGAACGCCGAGACCGAAACCAAAACAACUUCGAGACGAAGAUGACGACGGUGCACCGGCCAAAUAACCGUCGUAAGCUCGGAGUUUUAGCAUUCGGAAUCAUGAUUCUGUUGGCGAUCCAUGCACCGAAGAAAGUCGCUGCUUCCAAGUCUCCGUCGGCUUUCGUUGAGACCGUCAUUUACUCCAAUAAGAUCGCAAUUUUCUCUAAAUCCUACUGUCCGUACUGUCGACGCGCAAAACGUGUCUUUAGUGAGCUAAAAGAGCAACCUUAUGUUGUUGAGCUUGAUCAAAGAGAUGAUGGGUACAAAAUCCAGAAUGUGCUUUUAGACCUGGUUGGCCGUCGCACGGUUCCUCAGAUAUUUGUGAAUGGGAAGCAUAUUGGUGGUGCUGAUGAUCUUGAAGUAGCUGUUCGGAAUGGUGUGUUGCAAGAUCUCCUGGGUAAAAAGUGAAUAUGAAGAGAAACUGUCAGUAUUUUCUUUUGAUGUGGUUUUAACUUUUCUUCCACCUGAGCAUGUAAAAUGUAAAUCAAUUACUGGUGAUAGUAUAAUUUGGAGAAAACUGAAGUUUGUUUGCGUU